AUGAAACAUUUUUUCUCUUUUUCUUUUUCAGGUUCAGCUCAAAUAAUAUUUAAUACAAUCAAAUAUGUAGAACUCACCAUUUGCAAUGACACUGUUCUCCUCCCGUGUUUUGCUAAAAAUGUGGAAACGAGUACCCUUAGAGAACUGUAUCUAAAGUGGAAAUUUAGAGGAAAAGACAUUUUGAUCUAUGAUGGAGCUCUAGCUUUGACUAAUGUCAGCAGUAAUUUUAGUAGUGCAGAAAUCACACUAUCAGAACUUCUACGUGGAAAUGCCUCUUUGAAGAUGAAAAAGAGUGAUGCUGUCCUUGGGAACUACACAUGUGAAAUAACAGAAUUGAGCAGAGAAGGCGAAACAGUCACAGAACUAAAAUAUCGUGUUGUUUCGUGGUUUUCUCCAAAAGAAAAUAUUCUCAUCGUUGUUUUCCCUAUUUUGGCUGUGCUUCUGUCCUGGGGACAGUUUGGUAUUGUGACACUUAAAUAUAAAUCGAAUCGUACGAAUGAGAAAACCAUUCUCCUACUUGUUGCUGGACUAAUGCUCACCAUAGUCAUUAUUGUUGGAGCCAUUCUUUGCAUCCCAGGUGAAUAUUCAAUAAAGAAUGCUUCUGGGCUUGGUUUAAUAGUAAUUCCUACAGUGAUGUUAGUAUUACUUCAGUACUGUGCAUUUAUGACAGCUUUUGAGAUGACCUCCUUUGCCAUUGCCACAUUGAUUCUUCAGGUUCUGGGUUAUAUACUUGCUUUGGUUGGAUUAAGCCUCUGUAUCUCAGAAUGUACCCCAGUGCAGGGACCUCUUCUGAUUUCAGGUUUGGGUAUCAUAGCUCUAGCAGAAUUACUUGGACUAGUUUAUAUGAAAUUUGUGGCUUCCAAUCAGAAAACUCUACAACCUCCUCGGAAAGCUGUAGAGGAACCCCUUAAUGCAUUUAAAGAAUCAAAAGGAAUGAUGAAUGAUGAUUCAGUAGGAAAUUACAUUGCUGGCCUGCUGAGGGCAACUGGAAAGUACUGGAACCUUUACUCUCCUCUUCCCAGCACCAUGGGCGAGAGAACCCUCUGGUGGCACACCCACAACUCCCCACAAGAACAGAACAUGGAACUCAGUGUAAGAAUGCUGCUCACUCUCAAGGGUGUUACUAUCCCUGCUCAGCCAGACGUUUUUAGAAUGUAA